AUGAAGCGGCUGCAGCUCCAACGAUGGGGCAGUACAGUCCUUUCGCCGCGAACUCGUGCUGGUAACAGACUGCAUCAACAUCUCUACUCUGCCAGUUUACGGCACCAAUCGACUGCCGCGCCUGUCGAAAUCAGCGAUCCUUCAUUCGAUGCGAGCCUAGAGGAUGUCGAGGCUGAGGUGAUGCGCCAAGUCAAGAAUGCUCACAAGCGCAAGUCUCAGCUCCAAUAUCCCUCUCCCCCGGUAGAAGCCGCAACCCAAUCCGCCAAACUUGCCGCCCUUCACGCUCGCCUUUACCUUCCUUCUCGACUACCCGUUCAGACACUCGCGCGGACCUUGGUGGACGCAUCCGCGGAUUCUAACGCCGACUUCAACAAUGAAUCGCUGGCUACCCUUGGUCACGAUCUCCUCACCUACUACACCUCCGAACAUCUCCUUUGCACAUACCCCCGCCUGCCUUUGACCGUCAUCUUCGCCGCUAUGUACGCUUACGUUGGUCCCAAGACCCUGUCCGUGAUUGCCAAAGAAUGGGGUGUUGACCUCGCCGCGGCGCCUGGUGGAGAAGUCGACCCCGGUUAUUUGCAAUUCCGCAGGGUUGAGCCUGGAACCGAUGUGAAUGCCUCUAGUGAUGUCAAGACACCACGGCCAUAUGCCAACGCCGCCAAGUGGAGGAAGACGGUCACCUCAAAGAUCUUCUAUGAUGAUGAAUUUGGUGACCCGAUCAAGGGACCGGCCUCUACGGGUGAGGGUGUUACGGCCGAGGCGGCCAGUGCCACCUUUGUGCGGGCUGUGAUGGGUGCAGUUUACUUGCACGCCGGUCGCCCAGCCGCCAAGCGAUUCUUCGAACAACACAUUCUCUCCCGAAGCUUGAACAUCUCAGAAUUGUUCAACUUCUCUCAGCCAGCCCGUGACCUGGCUCGUCUGUGCGCGCGCGAGAACUUCGAGAAGCCCGUCGCCAAGAUUACCAGUGAGACUGGUCGUCUCAGCAGACACCCCGUCUUUGUGGUUGGUAUCUUCUCCGGCCAAGACCAGCUGGGUGAGGGCGCUGGCGCCAGUCUGCUCGAGGCUCGUGAGCGUGCAGCCCUCUCUGCGCUGAAGGGUUGGUACCUCUACAGCCCGUUGAAUGUGCGGGUUCCCAGUUCUAUGGAAGAGGAUGGUGCCUCGCCCUGGAAGCCAGCUCACGUUGACUUGGGUGAGGUGAUCACUUAA